AUGGCAUAUAUACCAUUUUCGAUAGAACGUAUAAGACGGAAACUUGUCAUUGUUGGUGACUCUGGUGUUGGAAAAACUUCGUUGGUCAUGCGAUAUGCUACUGGCAAAGCACCUUCACAUCAUAAACCAUUCAUCUAUGAGGACUAUUUUGUAACUGAAAUGAUGGGUGAUAAAGCUGUAGAGUUACGGGUGGUUGAUACAGCGUAU